AUGCUGCUCUGGAUACGGGCGGUUGACGACAAUGCCUCCCAGGCAUCAGUCAUCGUUAUCCCGACUAUUGUGACCACGGUCAUUGCCGUCGUCCUGACUCUGCUGCGGUUGUACGUGCGAAAGUUCGUCAUGAGGACACUGUCCUGGGAUGACUGGUUCAACCUCCUCGCAACGUUGACCACUCUGGUCGCCAUGGCCUUGAUACUCGCUGCAGUUCCGUAUGGUCUAGGGCGUCAUUACGACACCCUCGAUGUCGACCGUGCUGUGUACUGCGUCAAGCUCUUGCGGAUGUGCCUCUUUCCGCUACUGUUCUCGACCAUCUUCCUGAAGAUCUCCAUCAGUCUUCUCUUGAUGAGGCUGUUUCUUACAACCAAGGUGUGGAAGAUAUUCUUUUGGUGCUUCAUUGCCUUCAAUACGGUCACGAGCCUCCUGGAUGCCGCCAUCGUCCUCCCUCAGUGUGAUCCGGUGGCUCGAACAUGGGACAAAAGAGUGGAUGGGACCUGCUGGCCAAAGUCAGCAAUUAAUGGGGCAGCCAUUGCGCAAGGGGCAAUUGCCGCUGGAACAGACAUUGUGCUAUCCAUCCUACCGAUCGUAUUUCUAUGGAAGGUUAAGAUCCCGAUCAAAGUGAAGGCAGCCAUUUGUGGACUCAUGGCCCUGGGGUUUGCGAGCGCGGGUUUUGCACUUGCGCGAACACAGUACGUUUCCACUUUGACCGAGUCAUCGGAUCCUACGUGGGACUACAUAAAUCUCUACAUGUGUGCUUUCCUGGAAUCAUCCAUUGGAGUCAUCGCUGCUGCUGCACCCUCCGUUAGACCCCUCCUUCGUCCUGGAUUCUGGAACAAGGAAUAUUCCCGAUCGAGAUCCCGCUCGUUUCCAUUGCACACAUUGACCGCCAAGAAGAGCGCACGACCAGUGUGGGGAGAUACUCUUUUCGAUACCAGGUUCGAUGUGGAAGACCGUCCGAUCAAUUCUAGAGACAGCGAUUCCAAGCUGUGGCCACAGUUGAGCAUGGCUAUCGUGAAACGAACGUCGAUAGAGGUAGUGACCAACUCUAUGACGCAUAGCGAGGUGAAGGCCAUGGGAAGGCGAAGUGCUUAG